AUGGCCGAUAUAAAGAGCCUCGAACAUCCAACUUUGAAGGUGCCAUAUGAAUUGUUGAAUAAAAAAUUUCGUUCAGCUCAGAAAACAUUGGAUCGUGAGGUGUCUCAUGUUCAAAAUGCAGCUAAUGAUUUUGAAAAAAAUUGUUUAAGAAAUGACGGGGCUGGUGUCCCAAGGAAAGAGAUAUCAAGACUCUUGGGUGGUGUGGUAGCUAAGCUCCAAGUCCUCAAAAGAAAAGCCCAAGAAUCUAUUGCUGAAGAAUUACAAGCUGGCAUGGUUUGCAAAAGACGACUGGACCACUUGAAAGAACACAAUAAUAAUUCUCCAAGUGCGGUCAAUCAAUGGAGACGUCAAAGAUUAGAUAGAAUGCUUGUUGAAUACUUUCUUCGAAAAGGCUAUUACAAGACUGCUAUAAGAUUAGCUGAUUCUAGUGAUCUGCGGGAUCUAACUAAUAUAGAUGUUUUUAUGGUCUCUCGAGAAGUAGAGAAAUCAUUAGCUAAUCAUGAAACAAGCAGAUGCUUAAGCUGGUGCCAUGAUAAUCGUUCAAAAUUGAGGAAAUUGGGCAGUACUAUGGAAUUUAAUUUGCGUGUUCAAGAAUUCAUAGAGCUUGUUCGAACGGAUCGUCGCCUCGACGCCGUUAAACAUGCACGAAAAUGCUUUGUUAAUUACGAAGAUUAUCAAUUGCAAGAAAUUCAAGCUUGCAUGGGUCAGCUAGCAUAUCCUGCUGAUCCUCAUCAUAGUCCCUAUAAGGAUCUGUUAGAUGAAAAAAGAUGGGACAGAUUAAUCGAACAAUUUCGUCAUGAAAACUACAGACUCUUCCAGUUGGCUAGUCAAAGUGUAUUUACGGUAGCUUUACAGGCUGGUUUGUCAGCUCUAAAAACUCCUCAAUGCUACAGUGCAAAUAAAGAAGGAAAGAAUCCUAGUUGCCCUGUUUGCCAUGAAACUCUUAAUGAACUUGCUACUCCUUUGCCAUUUGCCCAUUGUUCACAAUCCAGAUUAGUUUGUAGUAUAAGUGGUAAGGCAUUAAAUGAGUACAACCAACCUAUGAUGAUGCCAAACGGCUAUGUCUAUGGCGAAAAGGCUCUGGAGAAAAUGGCUCAAGAAAACAAUGGUUCAGUUAUCUGUCCUAAGACCAAAGAAGUAUUCCCCUUCAAAAAAAUUGAGAAAGUUUAUGUCAUGUAAGAUUUUGUCUAUACCAGAUCUUGACGUGGUUUACGAGUGUAUUAUAUACAUAAGAAAGUGUAUAGACUAUAUUUAUCAUCCUUAAAUUACUCUAGCAUAUACGAAUUUUUUUGGUUAUGUAGAUUAUUAUUAAUAAAUAACAUUUAAAAACU